GGCAGGGUGCACAGACUUUGAGACAGAAGUGAAUGGAUGGGUGUGCUUCUUAGGGGAGCAGCAGAGAGGUGGCGAGAAGCUGACAGCAGCCGCCAGGAGAGCCCUGGAACCAUGGAAAAUGAUGAGCCUCUUGAGCCCAAGACACAAGAUGAACCCGAAACAGAGCCAGCGCCACAGAACAGCGAUGAAACCCUUUACUGUGAGGCCGAGGCGUCCGUGGGUGUGGAUAAAGACAAGGCCGCCCGGGAGAGCUCAGAAACAGACCUGGAGAUCGAAGAUACAGAGAAAUUUUUCACCACCGGACAAAGGGAGCUCUACCUGGAGGCCUGCAAACUGAUGGGUGUAGUGCCUGUCUCCUACUUUCUCCGGAACAUGGAGGAGUCCUACAUGAACCUCAACCACCAUGGGCUGGGCCCCAACGGUACCAAGGCUAUUGCUAUAGCCUUGGUGUCCAACACGAGUGUGGUCACCCUGGAGCUGGCAGACAACGGUCUCAUGGAGGAGGGGCUCCUGAGCCUGGUGGAGAUGCUGCAAGAGAACUACUACCUGCAGGGGAUGAAUGUUUCCGACAAUGAUCUUGGUUUGAAGGGGGCCAGAAUCAUCUCAGAAUUCCUUCAGAGAAAUAUCUCUUCGCUCUGGAACCUCCAGCUUUCAGGAAAUAACUUCAGGGACGAAUCCGCAGAACUGUUGUGCCAAGCCUUGUCGGCCAAUUACCAAAUCAAGACGCUGGAUCUCAGCCACAACCAGUUCUCUGAUAAGGGAGGAGAGUACGUGGGCCAGAUGCUGGCCCUCAAUAUAGGGCUCCAGUCACUGGAUCUGAGCUGGAAUCACUUCCACGUACGGGGAGCUGUGGCCUUGUGCAAUGGUCUCCGGGUUAAUACGACCCUGCAGAAACUGGAUCUCUCUAUGAACGGCUUUGGGAACGAGGGGGCUACGGCCCUGGGGGAGGUCCUCAGACUCAACAACUCCCUGGUCUACCUAGACGUCAGCUGCAAUGACAUCACCAACGACGGAGUCUCCAAAAUCAGCAAAGGGCUGGAGGUCAACGAGAGCCUCAAAGUUCUGAAGCUUUUCCUGAACCCUAUGAGUAUGGAUGGGGCUGUUUCACUUAUCCUGUCGCUCAAGAGGAACCCCAAAGCCAAGAUGGAAGAGAUCGACAUUGCCAAUGUGCUGGUGUCUGAGCAGUUCCUAAAAAUAUUGGACGGGGUGUGUGCCAUCCACCCCCAGCUGGAUGUGCUGUACAAGUCCGUGCAAGGCUUCUCUGCCAAGAAAGCGCUCCUCCAGUGGACGAACCCCAUGAAACUGAUCCAGAGCUAUGCCGACCAGCAAAAAAUCACAGUCCUAGACUUCUUCAAGAGCUUGAACCCUAAAGGAACAAUGACGAUGCCUGUGGGGGACUUCCGGAAGGCCAUGAUACAGCAGGACAAGGUCCCUGUAAACCUGCACCAGGUCAGGGAGCUGAUAAAGAAGCUGGAUGACAAGACAGGCAUGGUGAACUUCAGGUCAGUGUGGGCCCGGCGGCCAUCUGAUCCCGCUUCUGCCCGGGAGGCCCUGCCCCCACCCCCACCCCCCAGGCCCCCCGGGGCUGAGCUGAGCUCCAUGUGCACCCUGCACUCUGUGAGGCGACCUCACCUCCAUGGAAGCAGCUGGCCGAGCUCUCCGGGGCUCCCAAGCCCGCCCCACGGUCUGCCCUCUGCCUCAGCUCCCCCUCAACCACGCUGCUGGCUGCAGGGCCAGACUCUGGGGACACAGUGA